AUGUCCGGUGGAAUAUCAAACGCGGUACUCAAUGCCAUGGACAUUGGUGCCAACAGCUUUGCAUUGUUUCUUAAAUCGCCACGAAAAUGGGUUUCUCCGGAUAUUAAAGAGGAAGAGGUGAAAAAAUUUCAUGAAUUAUGUGAAAAGUAUGGUUAUAAUUCCAGAACAGACAUUUUGCCACAUGGCUCUUACUUUAUCAAUUUAGGUAAUCCUGAUCCUGAAAAGGAAGAAAAAGCUUAUGAGUCAUUUCUUGAUGAUUUGAAAAGAUGUGAAAAACUAAACAUUGGAAUGUACAAUUUUCAUCCUGGUUCUAGUUUAGAUGGGGAUCAUAAGGAGUCGUUGGUACGCUUGGCCAAGAAUAUUAACAAAGCAAUUAAGGAAACUGAGUUUGUUAAAAUAGUCAUUGAGAAUAUGGCAGGUCAUGGGAACUUGAUUGGUUCUAAUUUGCAAGACAUUAAGGAUGUGAUUGUUAUGGUUGAAGAGAAAUCUAGAGUUGGUGUGUGUUUGGAUACAUGUCAUUCAUUUGCUGCUGGUUAUGAUAUCUCAGACAAGGAAAAGUUUGAAGAAUUUUUAAAGCAAUUCGACGAGAUAAUAGGUGCCGAGUAUUUAAGUGCCAUCCAUUUAAAUGAUUCAAAGGCACCACUCGGUGCAAAUCGAGACUUGCAUCAAAAAUUGGGAUAUGGCUUUUUGGGAUUAGAGGUUUUCCGAGUGAUUGCAAAUAGUGAUAGAUUGAAAAACAUUCCAAUUAUUUUAGAGACCCCGGUGGGAAAUGAUGACUCGGUUUAUGGAGAAGAAAUCAAGUUAUUAGAAUGGCUAGAGGGUAAAUCCAUUGAUGACCCUGACUUUAUUGCCAAAAAGAAUGAACUUUUAAAGUUAGGCGGCAAAGAACGCGCAGAGCACUUGAAGAAGUUCGAAGCAAAGAAUGCUAAGGCCGAAAAGAAAUCAACAAAAAGGAAAAAUGGAGAGGAUAUUAGGAGUGUUCUUGGUAAGAAAGCUAAAAGGAAGGAAUAA